AUGGCUUUCGCCUGCCACCGCUUCAUGGCACUCGCUCACUUGCUCUCCGCGGACAUCGAUGCUGCGACGACAUCCUCACGAACUCCCGAAUCAUCACGGAAAAGAAAAGAAAAACACCCCUGCCCUGACCCGCUUCCACAACUCUCCCGCAACCUCUCCUCCCCCGAGCGCCUCAUCCCACCGCCGCCCUCAGAUCCCGCCGCCGCACACGCCCUCCCCGGAACCCGCUGCCGCGCGCGCCCUCGCUGGAACCCCCGCCGCCGCGAGCCCCCUGCCGUCGUGCGCCCUCCCCGGACGCCCCGCCGCAGCCCGCCCUCCCCGGACCCCCGCGCCACCGUGCCACCACCGGGAUCCAAUCGCCAACGAGAGCCUCUCCGCGACCCCCCGCCCAGUUGUGGUCGUCGCCAGAUGCCUCGCUGCCGUCGAACGCCGUCUUCCUUCGGGCAGCCACGCACCGUCCGAGCACCGCCGUGCCUUCUCGCACCAGUCUCCUCCUGCCAUGCCCUUGCAGGAAGCUUGUGUCGCCGCAAGAAGUUCAAAUGCCAUAGCAGUGGCCGGACAGAUUUGAUACAUGGUGCUCCCUCCCACAAAGUGGCUGUUGCUAGACGAGGAAUCAAACUCGCCUCCGCUGCUACCAACCCCACCACUGUUGGAGAGGAGAGGAGGAAUGCAAGCAUGAUUGGGCUGGGAUACCCGAGCCAAGGGGAGGAUGCAUAACAUGGCAGCUACUAGAAUGGCAGGAGCUGGUUGAUCGUCCGGACUUGGAAUGGAGGUUGACCAUCAUGGAUCGAUGGUGGAUCACGCCGGCCGGUCGGCAUGCAUGCAUGCAUGCAUUUUCUUCUUUUUCAAAUUCAGAUUCUGAGGUCGAGGAAGCCGGUCUGGCGGAGCACGGCGUUGCAGACGCGGACUCCUCUGCCUUCUUGGCUUCAUGCUCCGUGUUCUCACCGGCCGCCUGGCCCGGUAAUUUUAUUGUAUUUUUAUUGGCUUCUUGGCUGUGAAUUGACCAAAAUAUGACCUGAGUUGGCAUGCCAUGUUCUAACGCAAGCACGACACUGGCCCAAUCCGGUCAACAAAAGCAAACUUGGAUCAGUGAUGCUUGCAAGUUGAGGCUACAACAUAUCAGUACACUUAAAAGUAAGCCAAAGAGAACAUCUAGUAGAACUGAUCUUUGUAUAGUCUGUAGAUGUUGCAGAAAGAAUUAUGCCCAGCAAGUGAAGCUUU